AUGUUCAGUUUUCGAAAACUUCCACUUUUUGAAAAGGAUCAAACGAAGGAUACAGAUGAAGUAAAAAAUUUCCUUAAUAGCCAUGAAGGAAUAUACUUUUCGAACGGCAAAAAAUUCAUAAAUGUGUUUGUAGACAAAGUGCUUUUUAUAGAUCCCAUAAAUUUAAAUGUAACUACCAUAAAUUCAGAUCUCUUACUUGUAGAUUUCUGUUUUUGUGAAAAAACGAAUAACCUCGUUGUGCUUGGGAAAAGCAAGAAUACAUUAGUAUGUAGCAUCUACAAUAUCAGGGCACAUAAUUUCAUCCUGCUGAAAAAAAUACAACUAAGUAAAAAAAUCGAAAAUAUAAAGAAGACGUUAAUAUCGAAAUGUCUCCGGUACAUAAUUACCUUGGAAAAUAAUAAAAUAUUAUUUUACUGUAUAAAUAAUGAUUACACGAUCACUAAAAAUGAAUUACUAGAAGAGGAGGAAAAAAAUGUGUAUGAAAAUAUGUUUCUGUGUAAAGAAGACAUUUUUAUAGUAAUGAAAAAGUCUUCGAUAAAUGUAUACAGACUUUUCAUAAAGGAUUCCAUCAUUAGCUUUACAUUUAUAGAAUGCAUCACAUUAGACAAUGGCACUCAGAAAAGUACUUAUCAUGAAAACAGUAGUGCUAGUAGCACUGGUAGAAACAGCGAUAAUGAAAACGCCACAGACAAAACAUCUAGCAGCAAUAAUGAUAAGGCCAUACCACCCUUUCAUGAACCCGUGUUGUCCAUAUAUAAUGAAGAGAUAAACAUCCUAUACAUAUGCCACAAUGUUUUAAAAGUGCUAUAUGUAUUAGACCUAAAUAAUAAAAGUCUGGAAUGUAUUUUGCUAGAGAAUAAAGUAAUUAAUUUAUUUACUGUGAAAUUUUAUUUAAUUCUUCUUACAGAAGUAAGUAGAAAAUUCUACGUGAACAUAUAUGUGAUAUAUGAAGAAAUGAAACUCCAGGUAUUUCGAGGUACAUUUAAUUAUUUAAUAACCAAUAUAGUAUAUUUUAACAAUUUGCUCUUUUUAAUUAUUGAUGAAUAUAUAAACCAACCUGAAGUAAAAGUAGAUAAGUUUUAUUUUUACGAACAAUUGAAAAUGAAAUGGAAUACCAUUGGAGAUAUAGACAAUGCAAAAAAUAGCAAAAGUGAUAGCAUAAGCAACUUAUUUAAAGAUACAGAAAAUAACAAAUCGAAAAAUUUUGACAUAUUAAAAAUGUAUAAUGAUAGUAUCAACAAUAAUAAUAGUAACCUUAUGAAAGGUGAUUUGAAAUAUGAUAUAUUUCUAGAUCGAAAAGAUUAUGGACGAAAUGAUGAAAAUAAUAACCUAGAAGACAAACAACACACAUAUUCUGAAAAACUGUUUAAAUUAAAUAAGGUUUUUAAAAAUUGUAGAAAUCAAAUAAAAACAGUUAUAAAAGAAAAAAACAUGAACGAAAUUAUUCAUGUAUUUAAAAAGAAAAAGCUUUUUCUCUGGUUAUUAAAAUACUCUAAUUUAAACCAAAAUUAUCAUAGUGUUAAUUUUUGUUAUGUUCAUAGUAUAUAUGCGGAUUUUUUAUUUGAAAAGGAGCAAUAUGAAUUGGCUAUGCAUCAUUAUAUAAACACGAUAGGAUAUCUGGAAACUGCUAAUGUUAUUUAUAAAUAUUUAAAUUUAGAAUUAUAUCAAUAUUUAUCCGCAUAUUUAGAAAAGUUGCAUGAAAUUAACCUCUUUAAUGAUGAACAUACUAUGAUGCUUCUCUCUUGUUAUAAAAAGGAAUGUAAAAAGAAAAAAAUUAUCUCCUUUAUAAAGAACAAUAAAAACAAAAUAAAUUUACAGAAAAUAUACAAAUUUUUAUCAAAUGUUGGAUAUUACAAUGUAGUUUUGAAAAUUUCCAAAAAAAAUAAAGAUCAUUUAACAUACAUCUCCAUCCUAAUUGAUAAAUUUGAAAACUAUGAAAAAAGCCUAAAAUAUAUAUUCAAAUUAGAUGUAGAAAAUAUAUGUAUUUUACUCUUUCGAUAUGGAUAUAAAUUCAUUAAAUAUUUUCCACAACUCACAAUCUAUUUGUUAAAAAAAAUUAUCAAAAAAUAUAACUUAAAUUUAACAAUAUUUAUCCCUCUAUUUUUGGACAACAUAGAUUUUCUUUUCCUUUUUAUUCUUAAAUUCCUUGAUAAAAAAAAAGAAAUAAUAGAAGGAAAUAAUUACACAGUAGCGAAUAAUGAUACAAUUAACGAAUCCCCAAAAUAUACACGAGAGCAGCACGCAAGGGAACAAAUGAACAAUGAACAAACAAAUUAUAACUAUACCUUAAACGAAUCAACACAGGACAUCGAUAAAGUAGAAAGAGUCAAUAUAGUAAGUAAUAAAAAGAUAGAAUUUGACAUUUUUAAUGGAGAAUACGAUUAUAUUUUAUUCGUUACUGUUAUGCAGAUCCUAUUACAAAAAUUUAAGAAAAAAGAAAAAAAUAACCACACCCUAAUCUUCAAUAUUGAUAAACUGAUAAAAAAUGAAGAUAAAAAUAUAACCUUCUUAUCUGCCAUUCUGUUGUCUAUUUAUAAUUACAACAAAGGGCUUCUUUAUAUUUCCAACAAAAUGAACAAGUAUGAUAUGUCUUUUCUUUUUAAAACACAAAAAAUGAUUAAAAAAUUUAGAAUGAGCUGCGUAAAACAAAUUUCAUUAGCUACAUUAGAACAAAAGGCACUAGCAGAAUUGCAGAACAGUAAUAAUUAUUCUUUACAAACUCAGAAUUUAUUUCAUAUUACAAAUAAAAAGUUUGAGGAAAAUUUAUUUAACGUUUGUAUGCAUCUCCUAAAAAUAAAAAAUUCGUUAUACCACAACUAUAUUUUUUAUUAUCUAUCUUUACUAAAUGAUGAAAAAUACCUAACCAGAUUUAUAAAAAUAUUAAACAAAAAAUCAUCCAUAUCGUUGUUACAUCUGAUAUCUAUUUUACAAAAAUAUAACAAAAACUAUGGGUGUAUAAAGAAAAUUGUGAUUUCCUAUAUGAAUCAAUUGGAUCAAAAUAUAAAUAAAAAAUAUGCACAAAUAUUAAGAGAUAAACGAGAAUUAUAUAAAAUUAAAAAACAAAAAUUAAAACAAAAGUACAAUUUCCACAUAAUUGAUAAUACAUAUUGUUCCAUUUGUAAAGAAGUAUUAUCCGCCCCAAUUAUUCAUUUCUUAUGCAAUCAUUCAUAUCAUUUUUAUUGUUUAAAUGGAAAUGAAGAUUGUAUAUUAUGUCGAAAUAAGGAUAAUGAGAAGAAAUUACUAAAGGAAAAAGCUCAAAAUGCUGUCAACAAUUUUGAUGAAUUUUUUAAAUAUUUGCAAGGCUCUCCUGAUAAAUUUUCCUAUAUUUCAAAUUAUCUUUCCUAUGGUGUUAACCCAACUAUAUGA